GGACAAGGCAGAUUUGGUGAUGGUAACUUGAAACUACCGAUGGUCUUGAACUGUCUGCAACUAAAGAGAACCUAUUCUUGUAUGAAUGUUUCUUAUCUGUCUGCCUUGUACAGCCCAUCGGGAGGCUCUCCAUUUGCCAUUCUGGCCCUUGAUGACUUCUGCGUGACAUAAAGCCAGGAGCAUCCCCCUUCUGCCUCUGUGUGUAGUGCAUCAAAUUUCUCCAAAGAAGUUUAUUCCAAGUGAUUAUACCCAACUCAUUCUCACCAACUAUAAACUUUUAAACCCAAUGAAGAAUUACUAUUCUACACAAGGGUUGUGCCAACAAACUACCUCCCAGAAACCUCGGCCGAACAUAAGGUCAGACGUGAGGGACCAAUUUCUCGAAGACGAUGAAUCACUCCCCGAUAUCCCAACUCCGAUAGACGAAGAUGGUGAUGAGACACUUUUCAAUACUUCGACACAGGAACUCAACACUGUUCUUCCUCCGCAAACAUGUGUGAAAUCUAAAUCAGAUAGCCUCAUCCAACCGGAGUCAAUGACCAUCGUCGACAACGAUCGCGACAUUGGAGAGUUCAUAAUACACGAACUUAUAGACAAUUUGAGGGAUAUAUGUAAUGUUGAGCACAGAUUUGGAUAUCACAUGGCUGCCAUUCUCCGCUACGCCAAGAUGCAACAGAUCAUGUUUCCAGAUCACACAAAGCUCAGGCUAACUUGUCUCGGUGAAUUCGACCUUUUUUCUAAUACAGAAAGAGACGAAGUGAUAGACAAGGUGACAACAAAACAAGGCUCUCAGCCUGUACUUCUCUGGCUCUACCAGACCGUUCUACCAAUAUUUUUUGGUCAAUGGGGAUACAGGGGAACUUUGCACCUCACACCUCAAAUUCCCUCUUACCACCAAGCGACUACACUUCCAUGUAUG